AUGGGUCAGCUACCUGCAGCUAGAGUAAACCAGUCUCGUCCAUUCCAGCACUGUGGAGUAGAUUAUGCAGGCCCUAUUGCUGUAAAGCAUGGUGGAAGACAGAGUAAGGUUACCACCAAGGCUUAUAUUGCUUUACUCAUUUGCAUGGCAACCAAGGCCAUCCACUUAGAACUAGCUAGUGACUUGGUAACAAUUUCAUUUUUGGCCGCCCUCAGGAGAUUCAUUGAAAGAAGAGAGAAACCUUCUAACAUGUACAGUUACAAUGACACAAGGUUUGUAGGCCCAAACAAUGAGCUUAAACGUUUUUUCUCUAAUCAUGCUAUUGUUGAAGGUGUGGUGAAUUUUUCGACCUCAGAGGGAAUUAGUUGGAGGUUCACCCCACCUCGUGCCCCUUACUUUAGUGGACUUUGGGAGGCAGGAAUCAAAUGUAUGAAGUCGCAUCUCAAACGUGUCAUCGGCAAUGCGGUACUGACAUUUAAGGACUGA